GAAUUGGUUGGGGGGCGUGUGAUGACGGCGGCAAGAAACGGCGUUAAAAAUAUGGAAAGGAAAAGUAGCUAGCUAAAGCUAAGCUAUCUGGUCAAAAUGUGUACGUACCAAGACGCAUUCAUUCAUUCACUCACUACUCUGCUUUUGUCCUGAACGGUUUCCAGCUUCAUUCUCUCCUCUAGAAUCACAAGAGAUUUGGUUAUGUUUCCUGACAGAUCGGAACCUGGUAUGUUGUCCCUGAUAAGUGUUUUGAGGCUUUGCUGAUCUGGUCUGGUUUGGUUUGGUAAAUUGGGAAGUUUGUUUGAAAGUAGACAAGUCAACUUCACUUUUCUUAAUUUCUAUCUAGGUAAACUUAAUUAAUAAUAGUGGUGGCCUUCCUUCCUUCUUACUUGAUUGGCAAUGCAAAAUUCGGUCUACUUAUUAUAAUAAGGAGCUUGUGUUUCUACGCAUUUCUUUGUAUCCAGGCCAGGGGAGGGAGGGAUAUUGAUUGAUAAGAAAUCAAAUGCUGAAGUCUAAUGGUAAUUCUCCAAAAGCAUCAGGAGGAGAAAGUAGUGUUAACAUAGUUGAAACAAGUGUUGAGAAGCAAGAAAGCGUGGGAAAAACUCCAAAUGUAAGUGAGAAGAUAAUUGGGCCUCCUCCUGAAAACGGUCUUCAUAACACUAAUAGCUUCCGUUCCCCUAUCAACAACUCACAGGGCUCUCCUUUCUCUGCAGCAGCAGCAGCAGCAGCAAGGGUACACAAAUCUUACUCAAACAAAUAUCCUGAUGAGGAAGAUAAUUGGUCUGUGGCGUCUUCUGCUGCAACCUCACGGACAGUAGUCAGAUCAAGAGUAACUGUUGGAAUAGCUCCCUCUUUCAGAAGUGCCCAACGUGCUGCACAACGCAAAGAGUAUUAUACAAAGCUAGAGCAAAAGCACGAGGCUCUUAAGGCAGAGAAGAUGGAGUAUGAAGCAAGGACCAAGGAGGAGCAAGAAGAAGCUAUAAGGCAGCUCAGAAAGAGCAUGGUUGUUAAAGCAAACCCCGUUCCCUCUUUUUACCGUCAAGGACCACCACCAAAGGUUGAACUUAAAAAGCUACCUCUGACUCGUGCCAAAUCACCCAACUUAACUAGGCGAAAGAGCUGUGGUGAUACAACACCACAUUCAACCGCUGAUGAGAAAGCUCUUUGUUCAAAGGUCCGUCACAGCUUAGGCAGUUACAGUGCUACUUCAAGUCCAAUCAAGCAGACUCAGGGCCGCAACAUCAAACCCAAGGACCGAACCAUCAAACCGCCCAAUGAAACCCCUAAAGUUUCCCAUCUUAAAGCAUUCAAGUAGACCGACCCGGGUGGGUCUAAGUGCAAAUUGAAUCGACUCCGGUGCAUUUUCAUUAUGUGAAGUUGUUUGUUAUCAUAUAACCGGCGUAUUUCUGCUUGUAACAGUACAUACAUAUUAUUAUAUAGAGAGGGAGGGAGGGAGUGUGACAUAAGUAUUUUAGACGAUUUUUUGUUGUAUAUUUUAACUCGUGUUCAAGCAAAAGAUGGAAUGGAAUGUGUCAUGCAUUCCGCUACUAAGACUCGUCGUUUGUUUUAAUUUAUUAGUCAUCAGUUGACAGUAAUUAUCAUAAUA